AUGAACGCCUACGAUCCCGUCUUUAGUUCGCGAACAAGCACGGGAAUCACCUGGGGCAUGCCAGUUUCCAUCGUCACACUGGGUGCUAGCCUGGAUAGGUUUGCUAAGCUUCUUCCUCAACUACAGACCCUUCGUCUGUGCCAUCGGUACGGCAAAGGUGACGACGUGCACCUCACAAAGCUUCCAAACGAGCUACUGGACAUGGUCAUCAACGAACUCUGCCAUGUUGAGGCUCUCACUACGCUGCCGGAAUGGGAGCGUGAAUUGAAGUGUUUUGAAGGCAACUGCACUGCUAUGUCUCACUUCGAGGGCCACGACGGGUUGGACCCAAAUGACCUACUCUUGCAGUACUUCGAGCACGAGGACCCCUCAUUGCUGCCGGAUGAUGUGAAGAAAAUGCGACUGCAUGAGGCCCUACUGGCAUACCAGUGGCAUCCACCCACUUCCGUGCGGGAGUCUCACCCACACUACCGGCGCAAGAUGCAGUGGAAGCGUCGGCUUACUCAGUACGACCCUAGUACGUGGCCGGUUAUACAACUGGGUUUCUCGAAGUACGACCAGAUCCUCAAGACCCACUUCGGACUCGAAGCUUUUAUUGCUCACAGGAAGGUACCAGACGAAUUGCGCUCUACUUUCCCACGCGCAGGCUGGGACAGUAGUUGCAACACCACAGUGUGCUACCUUACACUGACAGAAGGAACGAUCAAGCAAGAUGCAGAUGAUGACGGAUUUCUAGCCGAAGAGCCCGUCUCAAGCCCCUCUGGGUGGAAGAAGUACAGCAAUUCGUCCUUCAUGACAUGCUACAUGGACCCGGAUCUGUUGAAACUUACGAACAACCAGAAGUUGCGCUUCAAGCAUGUACAGAGCGUCCUCGGUAUCGGCCCUCAGCUUCACAUUACGAGGCUCACACGCAACAAGUCGGGCGAAGGUGGUGGACAAAGCGACGAGUCCGCCCUCGAAGCUGCCAAGACCAAGUUGAACGACGCCAUCAACCGUCUCAAAGCGAGCAGAGUGCAUGGCGCACGUCAUGCUGCAGAUGCUGUUUUGGAAGAGAUUGAGAAUGUCCUACUCCCUGAAGUCUCUGCGCUCAUGGAGUGGCCAAAGCUUCUCAACAUCGCCAAGACCACAUUCGACCUGCGGGUUCGUCGUUACUGACGCUCUCUUGCCGGCACUUGAGGUGCUUCCGUGGGGCCUAAAAUAUCUGAGCAGGAUGUAAAGUUUUGGGCGGUAGUUUUUGGGAGGGUUUCCAGAGGCUUUGGAUCGAUCGGCUUACACACUCAGGCGACCUCAGGCAGCGUCGAUCAUGUUGCUCCCUUCCUGAAUUUUCAUUGAUUAUCACGAUGACAUUGGAGUAUAUCUCUUUUCAUGGGCAUUUUGAAAUCCACCUCAUAUCACGCAGGU